AUGUUCUAUUCCGAAGAUUAUCAAAAGUGUCGCAAUAAUUUUGAAUACAAUCUUCUGGAGUCAUAUGACACAGUUAGAAAAAUUAAGUUUGGUUAUGAAUGGAGAUAUAUACACACGAAAAGUUGCGAUAAGGAAAUUCAUAAAAAGAAAAUAUAUUUAUUGGGUCUAAAUUAUGAUGAAUGUAUUUUCUUGAGGGGCCAUUUUCGUUUUCGUCUUAUAAAAGGAUUGACCCAAUUUAACGGACAAAUAAUAAAACCAUCAGAGAAUUACACAGAUGUACGUAUACCAGAUUUUUACCCAUUAUUCAAAUUAAUAGCACUGAAUAGUAGUAGCAUAAAAUAUGAGGAUAACAAGUUUAUAUUUUUUUCAAAUGAUUCCAAAUGUUGCAGUUACUGUAGCAGAAGUGGGACGUUGUCAAAUUUCAUUGAUCCCAGUGAAGUAUUAGAAAAAAAUAAAGAAAUUAAUACAAGUGAUAUAUGGAAAACUAAGAAAAAGGAAAAUGAUAUAAAUGUUUUGAAUGAAAAUACAGAAAUAUUUGAGAGUUCCAAUUUUAAUAUUGGGAAAUGGAAUGGAGGAAAUUAUUAUUUAAACGAAUGUGCUCAUUUAAUACUACAGAAUUAUUUAUACGGAUUGAAUUUGUUAAAAGAAGACAAUAUUAAAAGAAAAGAAUUUUAUGAAUAUUUGAUGAACCCAGACCGAGAUAACAUUAGCACUUUGAUCAGUGUACACAUGACGAAUACUAUAAAUUUAAACCCACUUAUAGAAAAGUAUCCAAUAAUUAUUGCCUUUGAAAAAAAAAAGGAUUUUCUUUAUCAUUUUUUCAAUGAAAACUGCAGUAAAAAGCUAAACUUGUCAAAUUUAGAGAAAAAUAAUAGUCCAUAUAUUGAGACAUAUCAGCAGUCUUAUAUUUUGAGGGAGUUCCUACGUUAUAUGCAAAAUGGGAAAAGCUAUCGGUUGAGGAAUGUGCUAGAAAGUACUGGGGUUCAAGUUUCUGCUAACCACGCAAGUGGUGGCCACGGUUCAGACAGGAACUACGACAAGGAUAGAAGCACACAGUGUGAGAAGCAAGAUAAUGAUGAUACUAACCCUAACCCUCAUGAAUAUCAGGAAAAAACUGAAGAGACAGAAGAAAGAAGAGAACUGAGAGAAGAAGAGACAAGUUACCCAAUCAGAAGCAGAUGGGAAAAUAAUGGAAAUAAAUUAAGAAAAUUGGAGGAGUGGGAAUUUUACAAAAAGAAUAGAAUAAAUAGCAAAAUUUUUGAAUAUGAAUAUAUGUAUGACAAAAGAAUUAAAGAGACCUGCAACAUUUUCAGUGUUAUGAUAAUGGGAGAUAAAGGGAAGGGGAAAAGUUUGCUAGUUAUGAAUUUUAUAAACAGUUUAUUGAAUUAUCACAAGGUUGUAUAUUUAGUAGAUAUCGAUGUAGGACAGCCAAUCAUAGGUGUGAGUGGUUUUUUAUCCAUAUACAAAAUAAAACAUGCAUUAAAUAAUUAUAACUUUUUUGAGAAAAAAGCCAAAUGUAUUAAAAAAAUAUUUUUUGGAAGUUGUUCCAUCGGUGAAAAUGUAGAUUAUUACAUUUCCUGUUUGGAGUAUUUAUACAUAUAUUUAUUCCAUAAAUAUUUUAAGAAAAAGAAGCAGAAAAAAAAAGUAAUAAAUAAAUUGAACUUGUGCUUUUACCCUGUGGUUAUUAACACCUUUGGAUGGAUAACAAAUAUUGGAUUAUUUCUGCUAAACUUAAAUAUUUUCCUAAGCAAUUGUAAUUUUAUUAUUCAAAUUGACUCGUUAAAAUGUGUAGAAAGCGUAAAAAAUAGUUUAAAUAAACAAGAAUAUCUAUCUUAUAUGUUCAAUGAUUUUUUUCUUAUAAAACUGUCCAGAAGAAAUGAUAUAUAUGCCAUCUUAAAUUUUAACAAUUCAAAUGUUUCCUUAAUUUCGGAGACAUAUUCCUUAUUUAACGUUAUAAGUCAGUAUAGUAACCUAAAUGAGUGUAAUUUUUUAUUUCACAAUUUUAACAUGUCAUUCGAUAAGGAGAAACAAUACAACCAAUUCAAUUUUAAUCAAUCAGGAAAUACUUUAAAAGGCUACAUGGACGAAUCGUAUGUUAGAAAGACCAACAAAUUGGAUGCAAAUGAAUGUCUACUAAGAAGUGGCUACAGGUGGUAUACCCAUCAAAGUUACAAUAGUAAAAGCAUGGUAGAUGCAGAGAAAGAAAAAAAAAACAAAAACUCUUGUGGUCCUGAUUAUGAAGUACAUUUGGGGGAUAUAGAAAGGUAUGAUUAUUUUAAAAAAAAAAUGCAGAAUUUUUUUGGAAGGAAUUUCGUGAGAGUAAUCAAUUUUGUGAGCUACCAGAAUAUUUCAUCCCAUGCCAACACACAAGCCAAUACACUAGAGACUAUGAAAAUCUCGGAAGGCUCUUCAAUGCAGCCCAAAACAUUAAGGUGGUUCCGAAUUUUUUGUCACCUUUUUUACAAAUUUAAAAAAAUAAUAUUUUAUUCCUAUAGUCAAUCGCAUAGCAAUAUGCUAAAGGCUUUUUUUCACGGGCAUGAAGAGUGUGUGAAGCGGCACUUGCAGUUGGUUGGAGCAGCGGUUGGAGCAUCAGUUGGUGAUGUAGCUGGUGAUGUAGCUGGUGAUGUUGCUGAUGAUGCAAAUAUUUGUAGCAACCCGAGAGAUGAGAAAAAUUCUGGCAAAACCAAAGAGGACCUAAGUUCAUAUCAUGAAGGACGCGCUCAUAAAGACACAGCAGUUGUUACGAACGAGGUCCUGUUAAAUGGAAAAGAGCUAGCAAUUUAUAAUAAAUCUGUGGAAGAAAAUAGUCGGGGGAGAAUUAGGAAUCCCUUAAACGAACGUGAAAGGAGAGAAUCCAAAGAGAUGACAAAUGAAUUUUCGAGUAUCAGUGAAUGCGUGAACAAAGUUUACAAAUAUCCAAAUAAUGGCCCAAUUUUCAAUUGUGCUAUAUUUUACUUGAAAAAUGUAAAAUUAAGCAGUUUACUGUUUAAUAGGUUCAACUCCAAUACGAUUUCCCAGGGGUAUUUUUAUGCUAGCAGAUUUUUCUUUAACAAUGUUAUAUGUCUUUGUAAGGGGAUAAAUAAAACAAGAAGUGCAUCUAAAAAUAAACGUAAAAGAUGGAAUAAGCAUGAUUCCCCUUUAGUGUACCAUUUGGGGGAUAGAAGAAAAUUAAAAAUGGAAAGUAAAGCUGAAAUAAAUGUGGAAAGCAGAGAAGAAAGCAUGGAAGGAAGUGGAGAAGGAAGCAGAGAAGGAAGCAGAGAAGGAAGCAAAGAUGAAAGCAAGACGGUGGAGUAUUACAUUGAUCGUAUGGACAUAAAUGCCGUUUUUGAAAAUGAAAAUCGCGUUAUUAAAGAGGAAUACCUGAAAGAGAAUAAUGUUGAAUUAGUUCCUUUAUGUGAGAAUUUUACAUGUAUAUUGACAGCCUACGCAAAGCUUAUUGACAAUAUGAGACUUAUAAUAUAUUUGCCCUUUUGGUUUAAUCAAUUUGAUUUGCUUAGUAGUGUUGACACCUUUGUAGCAGGUACGCAAAUUGCCCCGAGAUAUAUGGAUGAUAUAAUUAAGGAUUAUUUAUUUUAUUAUGGUGUGGUUACUGAAAAAGGGUUGAAAUUGACGAAGUCGCAGGAACUGAGGUAUAUACCACUCAAGGAGACGUAUUAG